UGGAGCGAAAGGAAAACAAAAAAGCAAUCGUGAAUCGAAAGGCGCACGCGGCAAAAUGUAAAACUUGCUUAUUGGUUUAUUUUUAACAGUUGCCGUCACCGCAUUUACAGUCGCAUUUUGGCCGAUUGCUCGCGCGCCUCGCUUGCGUGUGUUAAUUUAAUUUUUUCAGCCAUUUUAGCAACUGCUGCGUAGACUGGGCGGUUAUUAAGCCGACAGAGCCAGCAAAAUCCAUAUUGCAUACAAAUACGAUUACAACUCGGAAAAAAAUACGCGCCUGCAGUUUGCGGAACGAUUUCGUACAAUUUUUGGGGAAAUUCCACUGCAGCUGGCGCGCGAUGGUUUUGACGAAUUUCGAGUGCUGGGCACAUGGUGAUCCGUCGUCGUCGGCCGCCACUUUCGAAACCGGAGCGGUGCGUCCUUCGAUGGAUCCGUUCAAUCCACGUGCCGUCACCUUUAUGACCGACGCCAACAACAAUAGCGAUGGCAAUCAUCUUGUGGGACAACCGAUGGCGGCCGUCAUUCCCCAGGAAGUCCUGCGCUGCAAGAAGCGUCUAAACCCCGCUCAUAAUCCUGUCGGGGAUCUGGACACGGACCAACCGGUGUACACCAAGAGAUGUCGCUACGACGAGUCCGACUUGGCUGCCCAGUACUGCAAUGAUUUCUUUUCGUUGCCUGCCACACAAAUAAUUGGAACGCAGGCCUCUCUGAUGGAUUACGAGAUGCAGGCCACCGGCGGCAUGAUGAUGGAAUCGGAGACGAGUUUUCCAGCACAGCAACAUCAACAGCCACAUCCACAGCAGCAGCACCAUCAACGCAUUCAUCAGCAUUAUCAAGAAUCCGCAGAGCAACGAGUGCCGCCCUUGCAGCAAAAGGCAAGAAAAUCUAAAGAUCCUAUUGGCAAAAUCAAAUUAAAGCCGAUAGGCAGCGAAGCCGAAGCGGACUUGUAUAUAGCCACACACGGCGGUAGUUUGCAUCACUUUCGUGGGCUCGGCGGCUCGGAGCUAGAGGAGUCUGAUAUAUGAUAAAAUGACUCGAAACAAGCACUGUACUUCCUAACCUAAGUUGUAAUAUAAGCUGUCGCAUGUCGCAAACUGAAGGUGCUUACCCAUAGUAUUUGAGUUCAAAUAAACUAAACCAUAAGCUAUCAUGCGAAACUCACAUCAAAAAAAGAUGAAGUAUUCCAUGCGGUGGAGAACUAAUGGAGUUGUGUGAUCACAUUACAGUUUCCCUUUCCAAUAAAUGCCUUACUGUAUUUUAAAAGGUAA